UCCUCCUCCGCGGCCCCGCGCGCUUCCUUUGCCCGCGCAGGAGGCAGGAAGGGAGCGGCCGGAGGGAUGGAGCGGAUCCCGGCAGGGAUGCGGUAGCUGCCGGGACGCGGUGAAGCUGCCACUCCCAAACCUCUCUGCAAUGGCCUCAGGGAAUGAUGGGGACCCUCCACAGCUGGAGGGACACCGGGGGAGCCUCCUGCUCAGCUCAGAGGGCCGGGUGGCGGAGGAGGCCGAGGAGGUGUUCCGCAGCUACGCCUUCUACCGCUACCAGCAGGAGCGCGCCGAGCGAGGGGCAGAGCUGCUGCCCGACCCCGAGAUCGAGCAAAUCCAGCAGGACCUGGACAGCACCAGCAGCGAGGUGGGGCACCGCUUGGCCAUCAUCGGCGAUGACAUCUGCCGGCGCUACGAGGCCGAGUUCCGCACCAUGCUGGAGAGCCUGCAGCCCACGCGCGACAACGCCUUCGAGAACUUCACCAAAAUCGCCUCCAGCCUGUUCGAGAGCGGCAUCAACUGGGGCCGUGUGAUCGCCCUGCUGGCCUUUGGUUACCGCCUGGCCAUGCACGUGUGGCAGUGCGGGCUGGGCGGCUUCCUGCGCCGCAUCGCGCGCUUCCUGGGAGAAUUCAUGCUGCACCACCGCAUCGCCCGCUGGAUCGCGCAGCAGGGAGGAUGGGCGGCCGCGAUUCGCCGCUACAAUGAGAUUUACAUCAAGUUCGUGCUGGUGGCAGCCGUGGUGCUGCUGGGACACCUGGUGGUGCGGCGCUUCUUCCCCUCCUGAGGGACACCGAGCACCCCCCGCCCUGCCCACACCCCCAGGAACCUCCAGGACAGAGCGUGGCUUGGGGCUGGCACCCUCCUGCUGCAGGCUCGGGGGUCUGUGCACCCCCAGGACAGGACUGGGGACAGGGGGGCUCUGCUCUGUUGUGUUUGGUGCCUCAAAAAGCUGCUGAGGAGGGGGCAGCUCUGGGAGGGGACAUUUUUGGGAUGAGACAUUUUUGGGAUGGGGACAUCUCUGGGAUUGGACAUUUUUGGGAUGAGGACAUUUUUGGGAUGAGGACAUCUCUGGGUUGGGAUGUUUUUGGGAUGAGGCAUCUCUGGGAGGGGACAUCUCUGGGACUGCCAGCUCCUCUGGAGGAGCAGAGGGGUGUGACAAUGCCCCAGUGGCACUGUGUGACAAUGUCCUGUGCCCCUGGGGCAGGAACAGAGGGGCGUGACAAUGCCUCGGUGGCAGUGUGUGACAAUGUCCUGUGCCCCUGGGGCAGGAACAGAGGGGCGUGACAAUGCCUCGGUGGCAGUGUGUGACAAUGUCCUGUGCCCCUGGGGCAAGAACAGAAGGGUGUGACAAUGUCCCGGUGGCUGUGUGUGACAAUGCCCCAGUGACACUCUGGGACAAUGCCCCAGUGGCACUGUGUGACAAUGUCCUGUGCCCCUGGGGCAGGAACAGAGGGGUGUGACAAUGCCCCAGCGGCGCUGUGUGACAAUGUCCUGUGCCCUGGGGCAGGAACAGAGGGGUGUGACAAUGCCCCAGUGACACUGUGUGACAAUGCCGCGGUGGCACUGUGUGACAAUGUCCUGUGACAAUGCCCCUGGGGCAAGAACAGAAGGGUGUGACAAUGCCCCGGUGACACUGUGUGACAAUGCCCUAGUGGCACUGUGUGACAAUGUCCUGUGCCCCUGGGGCAAGAACAGAAGGGUGUGACAAUGUCCCGGUGGCUGUGUGUGACAAUGUCCUGUGACAAUGCCCCUGGGGCAAGAACAGAAGGGUGUGACAAUGCCCCAGUGACACUGUGUGACAAUGCCCCGGUGACACUCUGUGACAAUGCCCCAGUGGCACUGUGUGACAAUGUCCUGUGACAAUGCCCCUGGGGCAGCAGCAGAGCCCCUCCCCACCCCUGGCAGCCGCACCCCCGUGGUUGAGGAUCCCACUCGUGGCUGCUGCAGCUCCCAAAGCCCGGCGUUCUCCCGGAGCUCCCUGGGAAUCCCAGCACUAAAUUCAGCGGCCCUGCCCUCCCUGGCCCCCAGUUGGGCUCCUGGCCCUCACUGGGAGGCUCUGGAGCUGCAGCCGUGCCUGGAGCAGCCCAUGCAGGGAUUUGUCCUGGUUCUGUUCCUGACCAAUGCUUGAGUGAUUUUGGGGUGAGGAGGGGAGCAAGCUCCUCUCCCCCAUCCCAAACCUUCCUGAUUUUUGCCAACCAGAGAAUUCAGGGAAUUAUUCCCUGUCCUGCCCAAGCUGCAGAUAAAGGAUUCCUCCUUUUUCUCCUCUUAGCAGGACCAGCCUGAAUUUUUGAACACUCACAUUUCUCCUGUCCCUGCCUCUUUUUUUAACAGAAUAAUGAACUUUUCAGCCUGCUCCCAUAACUGAGCUUGGCAUUUUGCUCCUGGCUGUUCCUGCAGGAUCCCUUCUCCCUGAUUGCAAUGCUCUGGGCUGUGCUUAAGAGAAAAGCAUUAAAAUAUUUCCUUUAUUUUCACUCCUGCUUGCACGUGUUUGCCCCGUGCAGGGCAGCACAGCUUGGCCAUGCUCAGGGUUUGUGGCCACAACUCAGUUUUUUGUGGCCACAGCUCAGGUUUUGUGGCCCUGCUGGCUCACCUGAGCCCCCCUGGCUGCUUUUUCCCUCUUGCAGGUGCAUUUCUCCACACAAAAUUCCCUUUUCCCAGCUUGGGAUUUCGAGUUUCAAGCCCUUCCUGUGCUGUGAACCAGUUGAACCAGUUGAACCAGUACGAUUCCCCCUCCUCCCCAGCUCCUUUUUGGGUGCAAACACCACCAGAUGGAGCCUUUUGCCCACCAUGGGUACGAGCCACUCACGUUAUUUCCCUUUUUUCUGCUAAUCAGCCCCUUGAUUGACAAAUUACCAUCGGUUCUCUGCUGGGCUUGUGUGUCCAGCAGGACUUUUCAGAGUCCUUGGAAAAAAUAAAAAUCAGCUUUAAUUCACUACUUCAGCCACACUCCUGGAACUCCAGUGGAUCAGGGAGAGCUUUUGGUGCUCAUCUAUUCUCAUUUCCCAGCUUCCCCUUGCAGCUGUGAGGCCAUAAAAGAUAUUUUCCAGAUUUAUGGGAAAAGAUUGAACCUUGUGAAAUCCAGAACACAGGAGAGAACUUUUCAAUAGGUGCUGCACAAAGGAAAAAUUCCACUUGAUCCGUUUUUCUCAGGGGAUUUGCAGGAGGAGGAGUCUCUCAGGGUGUCAGUGCCUCUCCUCCCUCUGCUCUCAGCUCUUCCUGGCUGUGCUUUCUGGGUGGAAAAAAAGCUGGAAUUGGGGUUGUGGGAGUGGUGAACUGGGACUGUGCCCCAGCCCUGCAUGGCCAUAGGAGAAAGAGCCUCGGGACAUUUCCUGGUGCCAGGAGGGAAAUUCCUGGAGGGCUGGCAGGAGGAAUUCACCCUGGAGGAAUUCACCCAGGAGGAUUUAUCCAGGAGGAUUUCACCCAGGAGGAAUUCACCCAGGAGGAUUUAUCCAGGAAGAAUUCACCCAGGAGGAAUUCACCCUGGAGGAUUUAUCCAGGAGGAUUUCACCCUGGAGGAAUUGAUCCAGGAGGGAUUUUUCCAGGAGGAUUUAUCCAGGAGAAUUCACCCAGGAGGAAUUGAUCCAGGAGGAAUUCACCCUGGAGGAUUCAUCCAGGAGGAAUUCACUCUGGAGCAUUCACCCUGGAGGAUUUAUCCAGAAUUCACCCAGGAGGAAUUCACCCUGAAGGAUUUAUCUGGGAGAAUUCACCCUGGAGGAUUCACCCUGGAGGAUUUAUCCAGGAGGAAUUCACCCAGGAGGAAUUGAUCCAGGAGGGAUUUUUCCAGGAGGAUUUAUCCAGGAAGAACUCACCCAGGAGGAAUUCACUCUGGAGGAUUUAUCAAGGAGAAUUCACCCUGGAGGAAUUGAUCCAGGAGGGAUUUAUCCAGGAGAAUUCACCCAGGAGGAAUUCACCCUGGAGGAUUCAUCCAGGAAAAUUCACCCAGGAGAAUUCACCUUGGAGGAUUUAUCUGGGAGAAUUCACCCUGGAGGAUUUAUGCAGGAAAAAUUCACACUGGAGGAAUUCACCCUGGAGGAUUUAUCUAGGAAGGAUUUUUCCAGGAGGAUUUAUCCAGGAGAAUUCACCCUGGAGGAUUUAUCCAGGAAAAUUCACCCAGGAGGAAUUCACCCAGGGAGAUUUUUCCAGGAGGAAUUGAUUCAGGAGGGAUUUUUCCAGGAGAAUUCACCCAGGAGGAUGGGGUGGUGCAUGGAAAAGGGGUGAGACCCCCAAGGAAUCUCAUUUCCUCCUCUUGGGAUUGUUUUCCCUCCUCUUGAGCCAUUUUUACACCUUCUGAGCCUCUCUUUACUCCAACUGAGCCUAUUUGAGGGUGGCUUUCGAUCCCACUCAUGGAUGGAGGAGUCUGUCCCACCUCUCUGAGCCCUUGCAGCCCUUCCUGAGCCAGCCCUGAGCUCUGGGAAGGUGGGACAAGGACACAAAACUUGUUUUUUCCAUGGGGACAAGAGGGGAAAUCCACAGGUUGUCCCAGAAGGAGGGACCUGCAGGUCACCUUGGGACUGUGUGGGACACACUGGGGUGGCUUUGACCUGAAAAAAACAACAAAACCCAAACCAAAACCAUUUGUUUUUACAAAUAAUCUGUUUUUAAAUGAUGUAAUAUAUAUAAAUCUAUAUCUAUGUCAAAAUAAAAAUGGUACACAGAGUGCAAACUCA